GUCUGCUGUGUAGAUGUUUUUCUAUUGGUUGAAGAAACAUUACGCAACUCGGACCAAACCCGGAAAUGAACCAACCUGCUUCCAGCGACUUUGUUUAAUUACAACCAAACCGUUUUAGUUUUACAUGAUUUUAUUUUUGUUUUGCAAAAUUGGAGGUUCUUCUUGAUGUGUCUUUCCAUUCGUAUUUGAUUGACACAAUUUGUUGAUUCGCUUUUAUUACUGUCUUUGUACGGCAACUUUCUGCUCACAGACACAAUGAGUGACUUCGGGUUUAACCCAGUGGUACUUGUCGGUGCCGGCUCCUGUUUUGUAUUCUCCAGCAUUUUUUAUCAUUUAUACCAAGAGAAGAAGAAAGAGUUAAACAAGAUAAAGGAAAUCCCCAUCUUCAAACCAGACAAAUAUUUGCUGCAGGUACUGAAAGCUUCUCCCUACAAGAAACUUCAAUAUGUUGCUGUAGAAGGUUUGGUCCAGGCGGAUGAAGAGCCACUGGUUAGCUCCUUUGUUGCUCAAACUUUCGGUGUUAUUCAAAAGACUGCAGUGCAGGAAAACUGGGAAUACUGGAACAGCCUCACCAGAACGUGGAAUUCAAAGACGAUGAACAGAAAAGAGACCAGCAGGUUCGUGCCCUUCAGCCUCAUCAGCCCUGUAGCCUACAUGAGUGACGUAUACGUGAGGGUGAUGCAGCCGCUAGACGCAUCUGGGUGCUUUUUGAACAGGGUUCAUCACAAAGUCAAACCUGCUAAGGAGGGUUUGGUGAACCUAGCACUGCAGGGACUCAGUGGAGAGAAGCCUGUAUCGUUGGAGGAGACCGAAGAGAUGCUACCGGUAGGGAGCAUUGUCACUGGGUUUGGAGAGGUGGUCCUGCAAGGAGGCGGGAUACUGAGGCUGCAACCUCCACAGGAUGGACGCAAGUACAUCCUUCUGCAAACCGACUACAAGAGCUUCAUAGACAGGCACGAGAGAUCAGCCGGUAUGUGGAAAAUCCUGACCGUGGUCACUGGCGUUACAGGGGUCUCUCUUGUAACCGGAGUUAUAUCGACGCUAUUUGGAAAAGAGGACGCCAAGUCAAAAAAGCCUUGAAGAGGAGGAUUCGGAAGGUUUGACAUUCUGUGGUGUAUUACAAGUUUGAAGGAGUCGCACAGAUUGUUCCAGAAAAUACCGAAAGGUAUCUAUUAGUUUUGCGUUGUUGGGAAGUUGUUCUAUUUUGCUCCAAAAGAUCAAUAAAAAUAUUUGUAUUCAUUUUAAAUUGAAUGAGCGCAAAGCUAUCUUUAUAUAAAUUUGCAAUAAGUAUUUUGGAAAUUACAGCUCUAAUUAGAAAAAGUUUUAGGAUAACACUAUGCCAGAAAGGUAGUAGGAAAGGUACUAGCCUUUCCUACAGCCUAAAAUGAAGGAAAAGGGAAAUUAUUCUUGAGAGACUGACAGAGAGAGAAAGAGUUGAAUCGGCGUUAUAAUUGCACCAGCGCAUCCCUUCGGCGCUGCUCUUCAGAUAGCAGUUUCCUCGCAAGUUCUCCUAAAAUAUUUAUCUAUGGGUCUGCGUGAUUUUUUUUUUUGUGCUUGUAUAUUGUGCUCUUUGUUUCAUUGCAGCCAUUUGCUAAAAAUCAAAAAAGUUCAUUUUAUUUCUCAUUAAUGUACACUCAGCGCCCCAUCUUGACAAAACCGACAAAAAACAGAAAUGUAGAAAUUUUUGCAAAUUUAUUAAUAAAGAAAAACUGAAAUAUCACAUGGUCAUUAGUAUUCAGACCCUUUGCUCAGUAUUGGUUAGAAGCACCCUUUGGAGCUAGUACAGCCAUGAGUCUUCUUGGGAAUGAUGCAACAAGUUUUUCCACACCUAGAUUUGGGGGAUCCUCUGCCUUCUUCCUUGCAGAUUAAUCUCCAGUUCUGUCAGGUUGGAUGGUGAAUGUUGGUGGACAGCCAUUUUCAGGUCUCUCCAGAGAUGCUCAAUUGGGUUU